AUGGAUGCUGAAUGUAAGGAGCAUGGCAACAUGGUGGAGUGGUGUUUGCCCCAAGAUAUUGAUUUAGAAGGUGUGGAAUUCAAAUCCAUGGCGAGCGGGUCUCACAAAAUCCAGUCAGACUUCAUCUAUUUCCGGAAAGGGCUCUGUUUUGGCCUGGCCUGCUUUGCCAACAUGCCUGUGGAGAGCGAGCUGGAGCGUGGUGCCCGCAUGAAGUCCGUGGGGAUUCUCUGCCCUUCCUACACCCUGCUGUAUAGGUACAUGCACUUCCUGGAGAACCAGGUCAGACACCAGCUGGAGAUGCCAGGGCACUACUCCCAUCUAGAGGCAUUUUAUGAUGACAAGAAAGGAGUUCUCCCGGAUAGCAAGGGCACCCCUACCUCUCAGCAACCUGUCCACUGGCUGCCGUCCAUCCACAGAUACAUGUACCCAGAGAUGAAGAUCACACACCCUGCUGGCUGCAUGUCUCAGUUCAUCAAAUUCUUCGGUGAGCAGAUCCUCGUCCUCUGGAAGUUUGCCCUGCUGCGCAAGCGCAUAUUGAUAUUUUCACCGCCCCCAGUUGGAGUUGUCUGCUACAGAGUGUAUUGCUGCUGUUGCCUUGCCAAUGUUUCUCUGCCUGGUCUUGGAGGAACUGUCCCAGAGUCCAAACCGUUCUUCUACGUGAAUGUGGCAGACAUAGAAAUGCUGGAGACAGAAGUAUCAUAUGUGGCCUGUACAACAGAAAAGAUCUUUGAGGAGAAACGCGAUCUCUAUGAUGUCUAUGUGGACAACCAGAAUGUGAAGACGCAUCACGAGCAUCUGCAGCCGCUCCUGAAAAUCAACAAUGCUGACAAGGAGAAGUACCGACGGCUCAAUGACCAGAGGCAGAUGUUAAUGUAUUCUCAAGAAGUAGGUGAGGAUUGUAGCUCCUGUGAAGAGGACCUUUUCAUCUUGUUUUUCAUGGAGCAGAACAACCGCAUAUUUCAGACACUGAUGGAGGUGUCGGCCAGCCAGGACAAGACGCUGACAGCUGACCAUGCACGGGGCAUGGGCCUGGAUCCCCAGGGGGAUCGCAGUUUCCUUAUGGACCUGCUGGAGGUGUAUGGCAUUGACGUGAUGCUGGUCAUUGACAACCCCUGCUGCACUUAA